UUUGUUUUGUUUUUCGCCUUACGAAAACACGAUCUAAAUUGAAUAAUUAAUCAUGGUUUCCAGUGAAGAAGAAGUAGAAACAAAACCAGCCGAUACAGUAGAAUGGGACGUAGACAUGGAAAAUCAGUUAUUUUACGCCAUGGCCAACCACAAACCGGUCGGCAUUAACAAACAUUUUCAGAUGGCUUGUAUUUGGGAAAAACUCUCAAAUUCAAUAACUAAAGAGAUCUCCACGCAAGAUAUUUGGAAGCACUUAGAGUCUCUUUACGAUAUAUCUAUGCUAGACGACACGGAACCGAUUCCUUUUCCAAAUCACGAGGUUCCAUUUAGUUUGCCCGAAAGCGAGUUUGGCACGCUUAUGAAGCAAAAAUUUAAGGAUGGUCCGUUAUCUGACGACGCGGAAGCAACACGCCUAGAAGCCCGAAGCCCCUCUCCAAAGGUCUCGACCCCUAGAAGCAGUUCGCGGGGCACUGCCUCUAAAGAUAGUACUCCAAAAGUUGUGCCCGCAGGCCGCAAAGACAGUGCGUCUGCGCAACCGAAGUCCCGCAAAGAGAGCGGCAGUUCGCACGCGUCCACGGACACACCUAGCAUCAAAUCGGAGAAGGACUAUGAUCGAAGGCGAGACUCACGGGACUCCAAUGCUUCUGGUCCCCGCGAUAGCUCGACUGGCAGGAAAUCUACGUCGCAUAAGGAGAGAGCUCCGAAGAAUAAAGGCUGGGACUCGCCGCUGGUGGACUCGCACUCGCACGAGGAGCCGGGCCGGCGCGGGCGGCGGCGCGCGCACAACGCCACGCCCCCCGCCGGCGCCGGCGCCGGGCCCGCCGCCAAGCGCCGCCGCGUCUGAACACUGCACGAGGAGCCGGGCC